AUGCACAAGAAAGAAGUAGUAGUGGAUUUUGCAAUAACAUUCACACACAUUAUCUUGGAUUUACGUAAUUUGGGAGAGACGAUGGAAGAAAGAAAGGUAGUGUGGCGAUUUUUGCAGGCGAUGCCUUCAAAAUUCGACGCUCUUACUUUAUCUAUGGAGCAAUAUGUUGAUUUAGACAAAAUCAGCCUCGACGAAGCCAUUGGCUCUCUGACCAUUCAUGAGUUGCGGCUCAAGGAGCGAGAGUCACAGGAGGAAAAGCAAGCAUUGCUAGCCAGAGUGUUGAGUAAAGCCAAAUUUCUGAGUGAGGAGGAGUCCUCAUCUCGCGGAAGAGGUAGACAUUGUGGCUGCAGUAGAGGAAGAGGUAGAGGCCAUGGCCGCAGCCAACAUCCACUUUCUAUUGACACAAGGAAACAUUUCGAUAAGUCUCAAAUUCAAUGCUACAAUUGUGAGAAAUUUGGACACUUCACUUAUGAAUGUUGA